AUGUUUAGAAGAAGUCAAGUAAACGUUCAUGUAAUAGGUGCCGGUGUCAUUGGAUUAUCCACGGCUGUUGCUCUACAGUUGAAAGGGUUCCGAGUCACUGUGUUGGCCAAACACUUUCCAAAUGAUCCUUUAAAUAUCGAAUACACAUCAACUUGGGCCGGUGCUGUGUGGCAAUCACUCGCAACAAACGCAUACAAACGGCAGCAGCAAUUCGAUGGUGAUACGUUUAAGCUGUUUUGGAAGCUUGCUAGAGGAAGAUCGGAUGAAACUGGAAUAAUGGUGAUUCCUGCUUACAAUUACUACAGUAACCCUACAGCUGACGAUAAGGAGCCGUGGUUUAAAAGCUUUGUGCCUACUUUCCGGGUGCUCGGUGAAGGUGAUGCUCUGCCUCAGGGUGCAACGUUUGGUGUUCAUUAUACUACCAACGCCAUGGAUGAUAGUGUUGAUGCUAUUAUCAAUUGCUCGGGUAUGCAUGCACGGACUUUAGGUGGUGUAGAAGACAACGCGGUCGUACCUACCAGGGGUCAGAACGUAAUUGUUCUUGCACCACAUAUCCGCAAAGCCAUAUCUUACGUGUCAGAAGCAGAGGAUGAUGGGUAUUACAUUAUCCCACGUUCAGAUGGCACAGUGAUACUUGGAACCACUCACGAGGAAUACAAUAUGGAUCCAACAGUUAACCCGGCCUCGGUUGAAAAAGUUCUUGCUGUUGCCCAGAAGAUAUGCCCCGAGCUAGUCCAGAAGAGUCAUGGGACACCAAGGGAACUGGAAAUUGUCGGACAUAUAGUUGGUGUACGACCCGUACGGAAAGGUGGGCCUCGAGUAGAAAACGAAAUAAUGGCGUCACCUUCGGGUAAAAGAGUUGUAGUGACCCACAAUUACGGCCAUGGAUCGUUUGGGCACAUGUCGGGUUGGGGAGCCGGCCUUUAUGCUGCCCAGCUUGUUGAAAAAGGCCAGGCACAGUUGCAGAAGGAGAAGGAAAAUAUUAUUACUUUAUUCAGUCGUUUGUAAAUAAGUUUAGUGUCGUGCCCAACUAGUUCCGUUGACUCACUGUUCUCUUUUGGCUAAGAGAUAUAUCACUUUUGUUCACUUCCACCUUUUUUUUUACUUUCGCGUGAUAACCAAAUGCUUACUUUUCAGCUACAUAUAAAGGCAUUCUUUAAUAAUAGCAAGCUAGAAAUACAAAAGGCCAGUAGCAGAAAGCCACUCUAUGUGAACAGGAAAGCGAAGAUUGCAAGGUGAAGAGCGUCCACUCACUUCUGCUGCCUUACACGAUAUUUGGCUCCCUGGAAUAACCACCAGUGACCAG